UCUCCCUGUCACGUCACAGCGGUGUGACUCGUGCAGCGCGUGCAGCAGGAGCUGUGUGUGUGUUGUUGGAUUAGAUGGUCUCAGCGCGCGGAGGGGAAGCGUCUCUUUGUCGUCCUGUCAUUCGCUGCUGCCUCUCUCCGCGCGCGCAGCUCCUCCGGUGCUCGGUGGACGAGCCUCUCUCUCUCUCUCUCGCGCUCUCUCUCCGUUGUACGGUCGGUGUUCCCUCGCCGUCUUCUUCGUCUCCGUCUCUCCCUCGGUGCUCGGUGCCCGACGCUCUGGAUCUCUUUACCGGUAACAAAGCCUGAUCCCGGCUCCUGCUCCCGGCUUCCUCUCCCCGCACACAGCGGCUCUCCGGUCCGGCGGCUCCGGGUUGCAUGGUGGAGCUUCGGCGGCUUCAGCGGCUCAACAAAUGCAGAAAAGGGAGAAAAGUUUCGGUAUACAAAUGCUGUCCGUCCAGCCGGACACCAAGCCUAAAGGCUGUGCCGGCUGUAACCGGAAGAUCAAGGACCGCUACCUGCUGAAGGCACUCGAUAAGUACUGGCACGAGGACUGUCUGAAGUGUGCCUGCUGUGACUGCAGACUGGGAGAGGUGGGCUCCACGCUGUACACCAAGGCCAACCUCAUCCUGUGCAGGAGGGACUACCUACGGUUGUUUGGAGUAACAGGAAACUGUGCGGCGUGCAGUAAACUCAUCCCGGCCUUUGAGAUGGUCAUGAGGGCCAAAGAGAACGUGUACCACCUGGACUGCUUCGCAUGUCAGCUGUGCAAUCAAAGGUUUUGUGUGGGAGACAAGUUUUUCCUGAAGAACAACAUGAUCCUGUGUCAGACGGACUACGAGGAGGGGCUGAUGAAGGAGGGAUACGCCCCCAGGUCCGCUGACCCAGCCCCCACCCCCCCCCCCCCCCACCCCCCUCCCCCGUGGACCUGCAACAAGGAGGGAGGAGGAGGAGAAACUGAAGGAGAGCUUGUAAUCAAACUUAAAGCACUAUGGCCUCCCCUCCUGCCUCUGCCCCCCAACAUGUAAAUAUCCUCCCUGAUGAGGGGGGGGGGGCGCACUCUGCACAGAAUAGCCAUAGACACUCUGUGAGGGGGGGGGGCACUCUAAAAAGCGGGAACAGGAUGAAGAUAAAAACUGUACAUUUUUUUAACCCCCCACCUCUAAAAAAGAAGCCAAACCUCCGCUGUGAAGGACUGACAGAGACCCCCCCCUCCCUCUCCCGACAGCCGCAAGAUUUAGCGUCUACUUGAAACACACAGAGGGAUCAUUAGCCUGAGAAGAAGAACUUUGUAUUAUCUGAUGUCAUAAACACACUGAGGGUCUGAUUCACUCACAAAAUCGCAGUCUCUAAUAACUCCAUAACUUAUUCAUCAUGGUCUCUGAGUCUAACUCUCAAAGCAUAUAGCUCUGAUGAUCUUCAGACACAAACACAGUUAGCUCUUUAGUGUGUGACGGUGCAGAGAAGCUAUCUGCAGCUUUAGAGGAUACACCCUAAACAUGAGAUGACUUUCACCGUUUCAAACAAAGCUUCCUCUCCUCGUCCGUGAGUACAACUCGUUUUACAAUGAGGCUGAUUUACAGAGAAAGAGACGAUUGUUCCUCUAUUGACUGAAUAAUGGAUCAUUUAAACACAAACAGCAGAGACACUCAGAGCUGCAGUUUGCUCUGCAGAGCAGUUAGAGGAACAUUGAACCCUUUGCGUGUCUUUUUGACUCUUUGCAGGUUUAGAGGGAUGAAAAGCUUCACAAUCCUUCUGUGAAUCAGACCCUGAGUGUAACGUGAAGAGCCGAGCCUUUAUGUGAUGAAUUAAUCAAAUUUCAUCGUGACUGAUCAAACUCCUGCAACGUGUGACGACUUGAAUCUUUAAUAUGUUGUUAGGAGUCGGUCAGUCCUGAGGGCAUGAACAGCUCAGGUUCAGACAGACAGGAGAUCAUUCUGUACACUGACUCUGGAUUCUUGCAACCCUUCUCUGGUCAAACAGCAUUGUGAGUAACACUGGUGGAGGCAGGUAGUCAUACUGGUCCUACUGGUCCUACAGGUUGUACUGGUCCUACCAGUCGUACUAGUCGUACUGAUCAUCUGGUGGGGGUUGUAAUCUUUUUAUACACUAUUUAUUUGAUCAUUAUUCAUCACAUGUCCAGAUUUCUGUUUGGCUGGCUGAUACUUGAAUCCAUUGUUUGGUUUGUGUUGAAGACGACAGCUUGAGGUUCAGUGAGCUGCACUCUGCAGCGGGUCAGCCAUCUUUAAAAAAUAAAAUAAAAAUCUUGAGCUGGGUUUCCCCUGAACAUUCCUGGGAAACAAACCUAACCUUAUGAGUAAACUCUCAGAGUCAGACCCUGAAGGAAGUUCCUGAAGUGGAAACACAUCUUUAGUCCCCUGUAGGACCCGUCAGCCUCCACAGGUCUCUGCUGCAGAGUCACAGUCACACCAAACUUCAGUAUUCUAUCAGUAUUAGAAAUCUACGAUCACUGACAAUGAAGAGCACAAUGCAACGCUCUGAAGUGUUCCAUCAUGAGACCCACAAACAAAACCAACUCCACAAUCAACAAUGGACGUCUGCUGCAAAUAGAACAAAAGUACAAACUAAAACAUUGUUUCUUUACAAUCAUUCUGAAAAUACACGAUCACAUCAACAAAUAAAGAAAACAAAGCAACAGAAACAUGGUGUGUAUCAAGGCUCCGUUCUGGAGUUGGAGUGUUUCUGCAUGUGGAGAAUAUAAAAGUCACCUGGUUUUUGCAGCGUGCUUGCUCUUAUUGUUCACAAUAAAAAUCCCUCUGUGUGAUUCAAACACACUGAACGUGUCUCAGCUGCAGAAUCACAGAAACAGUUGUAAAUUCUGUGUGUACAUAAAAAGAAGGAUUCCUUUUGCUUGCUCUUGUACAACGAUUUCUUUCUCAGAGUCAUCCAGCAUGAGAUGUUUCCUUGGAGGACCUCACCUGUAAAUAAUGUAAUUGUAAUAAUUUUAAGCACAAAUGUAAUACAGUUUUAUUGUGUA